GAUGUCUCGAAGUGUCAUUUUCCCUUGCCCUCUUCCUCUAGUUGAAGCCGCCAAAUCCGCAAAGUUAUUGACCUACUACGCGUACGCACUAGAAGUUAAACUACGAAACCAAUUUAGAUACGUAAAAAUGAAACCAAUUUAGAUACGUAAAAAUGGCAGUUCAAUAUGAGUCUUCCUCAAAGCCCGACGGUGGCACGCGGACCCGGAAAUUAUUUACAACCGAACCGAUUCGCCCGUCCUCUAACCUAAACCAAGAGCAGCAGGACCACAACUGCAUGAAAAUAUUACGACUUGUUUGCUCAGUCGGGUCCUUGAGGCAGCGUCUACGGGUAUCAGCAUCUUCUUCUGUAGGGAGUACGAGUAGGAGUACAAGCAGUAUUUACUUUCUUCAACAAGAUACGAUCAAGGGUCAUUGGCACAACCGUCUAUACAUACAUCCUGUUCGCCCAAAUAUUACACUCGAGCCUACUUACUACGGCAAUGCAGAAACCCGCUCCAACAGCAAACGUGGAAAAGGUUUAAGGCGGCUGGUUCGAACAUCCAGAAACCUUUAGUCGAUUUUGAUCCAGCCAAUCCCCAAUACAAAGGUAAAAUAUAGCUGGACCCUGAAGAUGAGGCUACUACUACUACAGAACUUCUACGUCAAAAAUACCAAUUGGAUCCAGAUAUUCUGGUAGUGGACGUAGAAGAAGAAGCGAGAACAAGCUAAAGAUACCAAGAUCUUCCACUCUACCAUCCAGAUCUACUUCACCAGACGAUGAGCGAUUUGGAAGUAUCAAACUUGGAUCGUGCUAGGAUGACGCUGUGUCCGUAUGGGAAGUUGCAGGGAAUGGCAGGAGCAAGAGGAGUUGCCUGCAAUGGAAGUGGAAGAGCCUGCUUACUUGGUGAACGCAUAUCUUCUUGGGAAUAUUGUCUUUGUCGCUGACGAGAAUAGUGUCGAGGACACUAGUAAACGGUAGUUCAUAGGCUGGCAGCACUCACGACAUCACCGCCACCGAUGGCACAUCUUCAGCAGCCUCUCUAGAUGUUACGACUCAUAUCUUCAGAUGGCUUCGACACUAUGCCACAUAGAGAGAAUACUUCCGUUUGGGCGUUGCUGUUGUGAGAAACGCUUUUAGGGUGGUGGUGGUGGUGGUGCUAUCCUCUCUGCUACAAGAAACUACUUAAAGUGGUCUGCCAGUUAUUGCAAUAUUGUCAGUCGGUCAUGUUAUCACGGUUGCUAAGUACUUUGAUUACGAUUAUGUAUUCGAUGCAGCCGAACAGACCUACACGUUACUUCUCGCAAAGCCGUUGCACGACCUAGCAAUCUGGCAUGAGUGAGGCCCUUGAACUUGGUCUCACCUAUUGAAUGAAGAAGUACGUAGAAAAUGUUGCAGACGUGUCAUCCACCAGUGAAAAAAAGUUGAAUUAUGUGUCAGUCUGAAUCUUUUAGGGUACAACAAGUUCACAAGUAGAAAACACUUUUUAGCAAAAAGUGCCAACAUCAAGAAGUGCAACUCGGCUUACUGGAGUAAGCUAGUUUUAGUACAACUUGAUAAGUGUACAGGCCAACGCCUAAACCACUAAAGCAACGUCCACGAGCAUCAUGAUG